AUGGAAUGGGUUUCUGAAAUUGAAGAGGAGAAAUCAAUGGAUUUGAGAGAUGGGAUUGAAGUUGGGUUUGAGAAUGAAGGAGACCUGGUUGGUGAUGGAAUGGAAUUGUCGGUGCAGGUACAGAUGGGAGAAGAUGAUGUUGUUGAAAGUCUGAGAAGGAUUACAGGGAAAGAACAAUUAGAGAAUGGUUCUGGUGGAGCUGUAAAGUUUGCUGUUGGUUUAGUGUUCUGGUUGAAUGUAAGAUUUUGGGGACUUUGGUACGGAUUAUUAUGUGCGCAAGCUUCUUAUGUUGUUUCAAUUUUAUUUGUGAUUCUGUUGAGAACUGAUUGGGAAGCUGAAGCGUUGAGAUCUAGAAAGCUUACAUCUGUUGAAAUAACGACUAUGAAUGGUGUCAAUGAUCAUGGAAUGUCCGUUUUGUUUGGGAUGACAUUACUUCUUGAUGAAACAACGGAGUCCUUCGUUUGGGUAUUUGACUCAUUCUUGAGUGCAAUGUCCGGAAAGCAUCCAAAGACUAUUUUUACCGAUCAAGCUCAAGCAAUUGGAAAUGCGAUAAAACAGUUAAUGCCUACUACUCAUCAUAGAUUAUGCUUAUGGCACAUACAUCAAAAUGCCGCAAAGCAUCUUGCACAUGUAUAUGUAGCGAAUAAAGAUUUUGUGAAGGAUUUUGAGCAUUGCAUUUAUAUGGCUGAAACCAAAGAAGACUUCGGAUCACUUUGGAAGUCUAUGAUUGAAAAAUAUUCUUUGUCUGACAUUGAAUGGCUGACCAACUUGUAUUCGUUACAAGAAAAAUGGGCUCCUGUAUGUGGAAGGGAACACUUUUGCGCUGGAAUGACAACACAAAGAAGUGAAAGUGUAAAUAGCUUUGUAAAGGGUUACUCGAAUGGAAAGCUGUGCAUCAAUGACUUCAUUAGACAAUACGAGAAAUCCAAGUUGGACCGGAGGGAGAAAGAAGUUAAACAAGAUUACUACUGUAAACAUAGUAAACCAGUAAUCAAUACUGUGUUAUGGUUUGAAAAGCAAGCAGCCAUGUAA